AUGGCGCCGGUGGGGGUGGAGAAGAAGCUGCUGCUGGGCCCUGAAGGUACCGGGGCCCCAGGCGCCGGGGACCUCCCCAACGAGGAGGAUGAGGGGCAGAACCUGUGGUCUUCCAUCCUGAGUGAAGUUUCCACCCGGUCCAGGUCUAAGUUACCAUCAGGCAAAAACAUCCUUGUCUUUGGUGAAGAUGGUUCAGGUAAAACAACACUCUUGGCUAAAUUACAAGGAGCAGAACACAGCAAAAAAGGAAGAGGUUUAGAAUAUCUAUACCUGAACAUUCAUGAUGAAGAUAGAGAUGAUCACACACGUUGCAAUGUGUGGAUCCUGGAUGGAGAUUUGUACCAUAAAGGCCUGUUGAAAUUUGCUGUUUCUGCAGAAACCCUGCAAGAGACUCUAGUCAUCUUUGUAGCAGAUAUGUCUAGGCCUUGGACUGUUAUGGAAUCUUUACAGAAAUGGGCCAGUGUUUUGCGGGAACACAUUGAUAAAAUGAAAAUCCCACCAGAAGAAAUGAGGGACAUGGAGCAAAAGUUUAUGAAGGAUUUUCAAGAGUAUGUGGAACCUGAGGAAGGCUAUCAAGGCUCACCACAAAGGAGAGGACCUCUAGCUUCAGCACAAGAUGGUGAAAAUGUUAUCUUGCCACUUGGAGACAACAUGCUCACACAUAACCUUGGAAUCCCUGUCUUGGUAGUUUGCACAAAGUGUGAUGCAGUGAGUGUCCUAGAAAAGGAACAUGACUAUCGAGAAGAGCACUUUGAUUUCAUCCAGUCACAUGUCCGUAAAUUCUGCUUACAAUAUGGAGCUGCCUUGAUUUAUACAUCAGUUAAGGAAGAAAAGAACCUUGACUUGUUGUACAAGUAUAUUGUACAUAAAACAUAUGGUUUUCACUUCACUACACCUGCCUUAGUGGUGGAAAAGGAUGCAGUUUUUAUACCUGCUGGUUGGGACAAUGAAAAGAAAAUAGCUAUUUUACAUGAAAAUUUCACAACAGUAAAACCAGAUGAUGCUUAUGAAGACUUCAUUGUAAAACCUCCUGUAAGAAAGUUGGUCCAUGAUAAAGAAUUGGCAGCAGAAGAUGAGCAAGUAUUUCUAAUGAAGCAGCAGUCAUUCCUUGCGAAGCAGCCCGCCACCCCUACAAGAGCAUCAGAAUCUCCUGCUAGAGGACCUACAGGCUCUCCAAGAACACAGGGCCGAGCUGGACCUACCAAUGUCCCCAGUGCCUCACCAAUCACAUCUGUUAAGAAGGCUGAUCCAAAUAUUAAAAAUAAUGCCGCAAGUGAAGGAGUGUUGGCCAGCUUCUUUAAUAGCCUCCUGAGUAAAAAGACCGGCUCUCCUGGAAGUCCUGGAGCUGGGGGAGUACAAGGCACAGCCAAAAAGUCAGGACAAAAGACUGUUUUGACAAAUGUUCAAGAAGAACUAGACCGAAUGACUCGCAAGCCUGACUCCAUGGUAACAGCAAACUCUUCGACAGAAAAUGAAGCUUGAUAAUACUUAAACAUACCUGUGUAAAUGACCAAAUAACUCUGUAUAUUGAUCUGACAAGACCAGGAUUUUUUCUGAUACAGCCCAUGCUAUCAGUUUUUCUUGGGGCAGGGGAGAUUGAACUUUAAACAAAAACAAAAACCCACAUACACACAACCAAUCAACUUCUUUGGUUUGUCCAAGUGUAAAAUGCACAUUCAGGAAAUUUGCCUAGGAAAAUCCCUCUGUUUCAGAUAACCCCUUAGAGUUCAGAUAGGAUAGCCUUGGUGGUCAACACCAAGGAAAAAACUGCAAGUGAAGCUAAUGGUGACAUGCAAGGACAGAAGGAGGGACCAACUUUCAGAUAGUUGCUAGAGUCCAAGCACUUGUAUGUUAACCACUUCCUUUGUGCCUGGAAAGAAGGUGCAGGUGGCAGCAGAGUCCAGGAGGGCGAAGAAGGCCUAAAGAGGGAGGAUGAGAUUGGAUACCUGGAGGAAAACCGAAUGUGGAUGAGAUGGAGGAAGAUAGAAGGAAGUCAGUGUUACCAAACCCUAUGUGUUCAGUAGGAGUCUAAUAAUCCUUGUUAAAGAUAAAUUAGAGAAAAGUCUAAACAAAACACUAAACAUCUUGGGAAUUAUUCUUGUCACGAAUCACGUCUUUAGUUUUUAAAAGAUGUAUACAAUGUGGGAUUGCCCUUCAGUGUACCUGAUGCAGGGGGGAAAUUACUCCAGCUUGCUUAAAUCCAAGUACCCAGCACAUUGUGGGAUGGCUUAGAAGGUGCUUGGACUUAAUGUGCACUGUAAUGCAGACAGUCACUGUUUGGUUUUAGUUUAAAGUGAAUAAUUAUGGAAUUAUUUAAUUUAAAAUUGUAUUUUCUAAUAGUUAUACUGCCUUUUUUUAAAUUUAUUUUUAAUUUUUUUAAUACCAACAGGCUGGCCUAUAUUAAUAGAGUAAUGGGUGGCAUAUCAUUUUCCCAUAAUGAAAUAUGCUACAGAAUGUUCGAGAGAUAUUUUAAAUAAUUGCACUCUGGCUACUAAGCUAGCAUGGAUUCCUGCCUUAUGGAUAGUAGAAACCUUCAAAGGUUUUCUGUGAAAGAUUUUUCCCAACUCACUAGUCUGCUUUGCAGCUAUUUAAGAUAGAGAAUCUGUGUGGAUAUUGCACAUUGGAAAUGGAAAUAAUUAUUUUCUUUUGUGUGCUUCUGAAAACAUGGCAUUUUUUUUCUUGUGGAAAGAUGGAUUUCAGUUGUCUCCCAACACUAUAUAUGUAUAUUUUUUUUCAAGUUCAUAGUCACUUCACAACAUCAGUUGUGACAUAGAAGAUGUGUUUGGUCUUCAGGUGGCACUUUUUAUUUCAUGUAUGAUAAGGAUCGUUUAAACAUAAAAACACUACCAUGAAUGUCAUGGACAAAGCAUCUUAGUUGUCAAACUGAAGGGAAAAAAACCACAAUUUCAUUAUGUUGCGUUUACUUUUUAUGGAGGUGGACUUACUAGUUUUUACAAUGUCUGAGCAUAACAUCCCUGAUACUUAUCUAGGUAUAUAUAUGAUAUAUGUACAUAUAUAUCAUUACUUAUACCUCCUAUGUUAUAUUAACCACUAAUAGGAAUCCAGGAAUCAUUUUGAAUCCUGUUCUAUCAGGAGACCGACCUUUAUUGUAUUUUGUAAAUGUCUCAAAACUGCUAACUAGAAAACUAAGAGCAUUUACUUGUCUCUAACAAAUGUUAACAUAAAAGCCUUUUUCUUGUGCCAUUUAUAUUGUUGGGAAUACAGUAUAUGUUUUGUUUUGUUUUUUAACAUUUAAAAAAAAUGUACUGUGGCUUCAAGUUACAAAGUUGCCUAGGUAAACACUUGUGAACUGACUGGUUUGAAGGUUGAUUUAAGACGUCUCCAGAGGGGAUACAUGCUGGGAGUAAGUGAAACUUGGAAAGUCUCUGACCAUACCACGAGUGGUCAUUGCUUUCUGUCCCAGCAGUUUUAUAUGGAAAACUUUAGGAACAAGAAGGAAUUAUUGGAAAUGCAUAUGUUUAUUAUUGAUUGUUGCAGUAUGGUUUUUUAAAUUAGCACAAUGAUAUUUUUAUUUUUUAUUUUGUCAUUUUAAAUGAUAAGCACUUUCUGUAUCAAUCUAAUGUAUCUUCAUUAUUUGUCAUAAGAUUGAUGAAAAUAUUGAGCAAACGCUUAUAAUGUCCCAGUCUUGUAAAAGAAAGUUUCUCAUGGAACCAUGUUAUGCCAGUUCUUUGUUGCAAGUGAGUGCUCCUAGUGUCAGAAGAAACUUGUCAGUAACUUGGUGUGCUUGGUGAUUGCCAGAGUCAGCCAGCUUUGGGCAGCUGCCAAGUAUUCUUUUGUUCAUGUUGUUCUCCUGUUUUGGGUGUCACCAAACAUUGGAACCAAAGGCCAAGUAGCAAGCAACCUUUAUUUUUUUCUGCAGAAUACGCUUGUGUGGUAGACUGUUUAAAACUCUGUGACUAUUUACACAUGCGCAUUCUAGUGGUUACAUCUGCUGUUCCUGUUUAAAGUCGAAAAUGAGUCAGAAAGGCUAGAACUGACUGGUCACAAGAACGCUGCAGACAGCCGCUUACGUUUUAUUAUUUUUCAUUUAAAGCUUAUGCUGUUUCUGAUUGGCAUCUUAAAAACCAGCGUUAAACUGUCAUAUUUUAUUUUAUUUAAGUGGGAAGUGACUGCUCUGUACAUCAUGAAUCUUAACAAUAUACAUGCUGUCUUGUACACUAAGUCUCAUUGAUCUUUUUUAACCUACAGUUAGAGCGGCAGAUUUAUCAGCCACAAAUCUUAAUCCAGUUGUAUGGCUUUAACCAGGUGCAGUAUGCAGUCAUGUGGAAUCUCGCUUUCUAGUGCUGGCAGAAUGGAGAUGUCUCUAAUUACUGGCUUCAAUAAACACGAAUCCAGACUGCUGGCA